AUGGGGAGUGUUACUGAAGGGAAGCUGAGAUUUUGUAUUGACAGAGGAGGUACUUUCACUGAUGUUUAUGCCGAGAUUCCGGGGCUUUCCGAUGGUCGUGUCUUGAAGCUUUUAUCAGUGGAUCCAGCUAACUACGAUGAUGCUCCCGUUGAAGGAAUAAGGAGGAUACUCGAGGAGUACACGGGGAAGAAGAUACCGAGAACAUCUAAGAUACCAACUGAUAAAAUUCAGUGGAUAAGAAUGGGUACUACUGUGGCAACAAAUGCAUUGUUGGAAAGGAAAGGGGAAAGAAUAGCUUUGUGUGUUACAAAAGGGUUUAAGGAUUUGUUGCAGAUAGGUAACCAAGCUCGGCCCGAUAUCUUUGAUCUCACUGUGGCGAAACCGUCAAAUCUUUAUGAAGAAGUGAUAGAGGUUGAUGAAAGAAUCGAGCUUGCGCUUGAGAAAGGUGAUAAUUCUGGGGGUCUGAUCAAGGGUGUGUCUGGUGAGCUUCUUAGAGUUGUGAAGACAGUUGAUGAAGAAGCUUUGAAACCGGUCACACUCAAAAUCCUCGUUUGUCAAACAAGUGGCUUUGUUUGA